AUGAAGAUGAUAAUGAUGGAGAAGAUGGUGAUGGCGAAGAUGGGUUUGGGUAUUCUUCAUUGGUUGCGAUGGAAGGUGGAGAAUUUCUUGGUUGAUUGGAGGGAAGACAGAGUAGUCUCUAGUGGCGACCAUAGACCAAUUAGAGAGAGAUAUCAUAGAUUGAGCUCUAGAUGGGUGGUGGGUGGUGGCUGGGAACGUGGAAUGGGUAGGGAUUUUUUAUUCAGCAGUUUUUUCAUUUUUUUUAAUUGUCCAAAUAUUUAG